GCGCAUGUGCAGGAGGCGCCGGAGUUUCACUUUGUAACUUUUAAGUGGUCGGAACACGCCCCGCGCUGCUGGGUCCCGCCAGACACGCCGCCGCCGCAGGAAAGUCUACAGUUUGGUACCCCAGGACUCACUGGUCAGGAAAGCCCUGCAGGACAUGAGUGUUAGGCCCGACGCCUGGCCCUUGGCAGCUUGGGAGGUGGCCGGGGCUGCUUUUGCCUUUGCCAGAGACAGCUCCAACUGAGGACGUCUCCAACGGGCCCAUCCACAGUCCUUCCUUCCCCUAGUGUCUGAUCCGCCAGUGGCUUCUGCAGGAGUGACUUUCCCAACACGAGUCCUCGAGGCUAGAGGAGCUUUAGGACUUCUUAAGACAGCAGCUGCAGCAACUCUGUCCCUCCUUUGCUCCAUAUCGCCCCCUCUGGAGAUCCGCCCACUGUGUCCUGGAUGAGCCAUCCACUCUGACCAUCCGAUCCCCUGAGAUUGUCCCACAAUGCAGCCAUUCUCUGUGGACACUGCCAGGCACGCAGAGGUCCAAUGUCUGGCUCUCCCGGACUCCUUGCUGCUGGCUCACUGUGCCCGAUCAGUCCCUGGGGAAACGCCUACCUUUGGCUCUGCCAGCACUGGUGGGAACCUGCAAGAAAUUUGAGCCCUGAACGUCUGCCUUGUCCUGUUGUCCUGUGCUCCAGGGAAGACAGGCGCGAUGAUGGACUCCCCGUUCCUGGAGCUGUGGCAGUCCAAGGCAGUGUCCAUCAGGGAGCAGCUGGGACUCGGGGACCGGCCCAACGACUCCUAUUGCUACAACUCAGCCAAAAACAGCACCGUGCUCCAGGGGGUCACCUUUGGUGGCAUCCCCACUGUCCUGCUCAUAGACGUCAGCUGCUUCCUGUUCUUAAUCUUGGUGUUUUCUAUUAUAAGAAGAAGAUUCUGGGACUAUGGCCGCAUUGCCCUGGUGUCAGAAGCAGACAGCGAGUCCAGAUUUCAGAGAUUGUCAUCGACUUCCUCCUCAGGUCAACAAGACUUUGAAAAUGAGCUGGGAUGCUGUCCCUGGCUGACUGCCAUCUUCCGUCUGCAUGAUGACCAGAUCCUGGAAUGGUGUGGGGAGGACGCCAUCCACUACCUGUCCUUCCAGAGGCACAUCAUCUUCCUGUUGGUGGUGGUCAGCUUUUUGUCCCUGUGUGUCAUCCUGCCUGUCAACCUCUCAGGGGACUUGCUGGACAAAGACCCAUACAGUUUUGGGAGGACAACAAUAGCAAACCUACAGACUGACAAUGACCUCCUUUGGCUGCACACCAUCUUUGCUGUCAUUUACCUCUUCCUCACUGUGGGUUUCAUGCGGCACCACACUCAGUCCAUUAAGUACAAAGAGGAGAACCUGGUGAGGCGGACCCUGUUCAUCACAGGACUCCCCAGAGAUGCCAGGAAGGAGACUGUGGAGAGCCACUUCCGGGACGCGUAUCCCACGUGUGAGGUGGUUGAUGUGCAGCUGUGCUACAACGUGGCCAAACUGAUCUACCUGUGCAAGGAGAAAAAUAAGACUGAGAAGAGCCUGACCUAUUACACAAACCUGCAGGUGAAGACAGGCCAGCGGACCCUCAUCAACCCCAAGCCCUGUGGCCAGUUUUGCUGCUGUGAAGUGCUGGGCUGUGAGUGGGAAGACGCCAUCUCUUACUACACACGGAUGAAGGACAGGCUGCUGGAGAGGAUCACAGAGGAAGAACGCCACGUCCAGGACCAGCCCCUGGGAAUGGCCUUCGUCACCUUCCAGGAGAAGUCCAUGGCCACCUACAUCCUGAAAGAUUUCAACGCCUGCAAGUGUCAGAGCCUUCAGUGCAAAGGUGAGCCCCAGCCGUCCUCCCAUAGCAGGGAGCUCUAUACCUCCAAGUGGACAGUCACCUUUGCCGCUGACCCUGAGGACAUCUGCUGGAAGAACCUCUCUAUCCAGGGCCUCCGCUGGUGGCUACAGUGGCUGGGCAUCAACUUCACCCUCUUCCUGGGGCUGUUUUUCCUGACCACACCCUCCAUCAUCCUGUCCACCAUGGACAAGUUUAAUGUCACCAAACCCAUCCAUGCGCUGAAUAACCCGAUCAUCAGCCAGUUCUUCCCCACCCUCCUGCUCUGGUCCUUCUCAGCCCUGCUCCCCUCCAUUGUCUACUACUCUACACUGCUGGAGUCUCACUGGACCAAGUCGGGGGAAAACCAGAUCAUGAUGACCAAAGUCUACAUAUUCUUGAUCUUCAUGGUGCUGAUCCUGCCCUCCCUGGGUCUCACCAGUCUAGAUUUUUUCUUCCGGUGGCUCUUUGACAAAACUUCCUCGGAGGCCUCCAUCAGGUUGGAGUGCGUCUUCCUGCCUGACCAGGGCGCCUUCUUUGUGAACUAUGUCAUCGCCUCGGCCUUCAUCGGCAAUGGCAUGGAGCUGCUGCGGCUGCCAGGCCUCAUCCUCUAUACCUUCCGCAUGAUCAUGGCCAAGACGGCUGCCGACCGCAGGAAUGUCAAGCAGAACCAGGCCUUCCAGUACGAGUUUGGAGCCAUGUAUGCGUGGAUGCUGUGUGUCUUCACUGUCAUUGUGGCCUACAGCAUCACUUGUCCCAUCAUCGCGCCAUUUGGCCUCAUCUACAUCCUGCUCAAGCACAUGGUGGACCGGCACAACCUCUACUUCGUCUACCUCCCAGCCAAGCUGGAGAAGGGGAUCCACUUUGCCGCUGUGAACCAGGCCUUGGCAGCCCCCAUCCUGUGCCUCUUCUGGCUCUACUUCUUUUCCUUCCUGCGCCUGGGUAUGAAGGCCCCUGCCACUCUGUUCACCUUCCUGGUGCUGCUGCUCACCAUCCUGGUCUGCCUGGCUCACACCUGCUUUGGAUGCUUCAAGCACCUCAGCCCUCUGAACUACAAAACAGAAGAGCCUGCAAGUGACAAAGGAAGUGAGGCAGAGGCCCACAUGCCCCCACCGUUCACACCCUACGUGCCUCGGAUUCUGAAUGGCUUGGCCUCGGAGAGGACAGCACUGUCUCCGCAGCAGCGGCAGCAGCAGACCUAUGGUGCCAUCCACAACAUCAGCGGGACUAUCCCUGGACAGUGCUUGGCGCAGAGCGCCACGGGCAGUGUGGCUGCUGCCCCCCAGGAGGCCUGAGGCUGGGUCUCACUGCUCUGAAAAGACACAACCAGAAUGGCCUGGGGCUCAGGCCCUUGGCUGAGUGGGAAUGCGUUGGGACUGCCCAGCUGAGCUAUCAGAUGCCCAUAUUUUCUGGUCCCAGCAGUGGUGAGGGGAGCACAGGCAGGCCUCGCCCCUCCCUUGCUCACCCAGUUUCCCCUCCGGCACAAGCUUGCAGCUCUGCAGCUGGGGUGACAUCCCCAGUGGUUUGUUGCCAAGACCAUGUGGUGGACUUUUCGCCCCCCAAACUGAUGAGUCCGGGAGAAUAUAUGGAGAGAGAGAUGUAACAA